CAGAGAGGACUGGGUGUCUCGGGGACGGCUGAAGCUGGUCAGGCUGGCUGGUCUGCGCCACAGUGGUGUGUUGUGGUCGAGGCGGGAGAAGAGGGGUGCCUGUGAGCAGUCCCCGCCUCCUCUCUAGGAGGCCCAGAGGGCGGGGGCCUCGGCGAAUGGCUUUCUUCCUGGCCACUUGCGGAGGUUUGGAUUCAGGAUUUGUUCCUAGCGUCCAAGACUUUGAUAAAAAACUUACAGAGGCUGAUGCUUACCUACAAAUCUUGAUAGAACAAUUAAAGCUCUUUGAUGACAAGCUUCAAAACUGUAAAGAUGAUGAACAGAGAAAGAAAAUUGAAACUCUCAAAGAGACAACAAAUAGCAUGGUAGAAUCAAUUAAACACUGCAUUGUGUUGCUGCAGAUUGCUAAAGACCAGAGUAAUGCGGAGAAGCACGCAGAUGGAAUUAUAAGUACUAUUAACCCUGUAGAUGCAAUAUAUCAACCUAGUCCAUUGGAACCUGUGAUCAGCACAAUGCCUUCCCAGACUGUCUUACCUCCAGAACCUGCUCAGUUGUGUAAGUCAGAGCAGCGACCAUCUUCCUUACCCGUUGGACCUGUAUUAGCCACCUUGGGACAUCAUCAGACUCCAACACCAAAUAGUACAGGCAGUGGGCAUUCACCACCUAGUAGCAGUCUGACUUCUCCAAGCCAUGUCAACCUGUCUCCAAAUACAGUCCCAGAGUUCUCUUACUCUAGCAGUGAAGAUGAAUUCUAUGAUGCUGAUGAAUUCCAUCAAAGUGGUUCAUCCCCAAAGCGUUUAAUAGAUUCUUCUGGAUCAACCUCAGUCGUGACACACAGCAGUUCAGGAAAUAGCCUAAAGCGCCCAGAUACAACAGAAUCACUGAAUUCAUCCAUGUCCAAUGGAACAAGUGAUGCUGACCUUUUUGAUUCACAUGAUGACAGAGACGAUGAUGGAGAAGCGGGGUCAGUAGAGGAGCACAAGAGUGUCAUCAUGCACCUCUUAUCACAGGUUAGGCUUGGAAUGGAUCUUACAAAGUUAUUCCAUGAAGAUGGAGAAUGCUGGGUUUAUGAUGAACCAUUACUAAAACGUCUUGGUGCUGUGAAGCAUUAGGUUGGGAAACUGCAGUUUACACCUGAUGACCGGGGCAGUAGCCAUAAUUAAGCAACAAUCAAUCUUCCUUCAGGAGAACCUAUCACUCCCUUCUUAUUGCAGUGGUUC